AACCCUAAUAGCAUAUAUCAUAUACAGUCGACACAUAAACUCUUUUCUGCCCGCCGCUUUUCAUUUUCUUUGGUACCCACUACAGCUUCUUCUUGUCAAUUUACAAAGAUGACAAAAGGAACAGGAAGUUUUGGUAAAAGGAGGAACAAAACACACACACUGUGUGUAAGGUGUGGUCGCAGGAGCUUUCAUUUGCAGAAGAGCAGAUGUUCUGCUUGUGCUUAUCCUGCUGCCCGUGUUAGAAAAUACAACUGGAGUGAAAAGGCGAUCAGAAGGAAGACAACAGGAACUGGUCGUAUGCGUUACCUUCGUAAUGUUCCACGCAGGUUCAAGAGUAACUUUAGGGAAGGCACCCAAGCAACCCCAAGAAGCAAAGGAACUGCUGCCAGUACCUCAGGAUGAAGUGCAAUUUUGUAUGCUUUUCUGUUGGUAUCUUUAUGUAUGGUUCUUGGGAAACCCGUUUUCGGAUUUUUGUUUGUUCACCUAUGUCAAUUCUGUUAUUACUGAGCACUAGAAUGCAUAAUGCCUUUUGGUUUGAACAUGGGAUAUCAGUUACUUAUGAAGUUUUGAUAUGGUACUUCCAGAGUUUGGCACA